AUGCCCCUCCUCACCACCCUCCUCACCACCCUCUCCGCAACCCUCCUCACCCUCCUCUUCCUCCUCCUCCUCCCACACCUCGCGACCCUCCUCCCCCCGUCCACCCUCCUCACCAUCCUCCACGCCGCCUGCCUCCUCCUGGCGGCCGCCCUCGCCGCCCUCCUGCUCCGCACGCUGCUCCUCAUCCCCGUCAACGCCGUCCACGCAACGUCCCACUGGUGGUACUUCCGCAACGUCUACUUCCCGCGGUACCGCGGGCGGGCGCUGGCCGCGGCGGCGCUGGGCGGGUGGGUGCUGUUUGCGAUGGCGGGGAUGGAGUGGGAUUUGUUCUUGGUGGUGGCUGCGCAUUGGGGUGCGUUGGUGGCGGCGUGUGUUAGUGCGGAGGAGAUGAAGGCGGGGGGCGAGUGGGUGGUGGCGCAUUGGGGGGUGUGUGUGGGGGUGCUGGGGGUGGUGGGGUUGGUGGUGGUGUUUUAG